AUGAUCCCGGCCAACCACAAGUACUUCCUGCUGAGCGACCUGGCGUCAUCGCGAGACUACGAGCUGUGUGUUCUGGCCGUGUACGACGAUGGAAUCACGGCCCUGACGGGCACCAAGCUGGUGGGCUGCGUGUCCUUCUCCACGGAGACAGAGUACGGACGCUGUCACUCUAUACGAGACCAGUUCCUUGGUGGCACCAUGAUCAUCAUCAUCGGGGGGAUCAUCGUGGCCUCUGUCCUCGUCUUCAUCUUCAUCCUCCUGAUGAAGUACAAGCUGCACAGUAACCACUACAAGCAGAAGGCCGCCGCACGCCACGCCAACGUCUGCUCGCAGACCAACGGAGGAGGAGGUGGAGGAGGAGGCAACAUCCUGGCUCUGCCUCCGUCCUCCUCCUCUGCAGGACAAGGUGGAGGUGCACAUAAAGUCUCCCAACCGUCGUCAUCAUCAGAGGGGAUGGGAGGGGCUUCUCUUCGAGGGACAACUGUAGUGGACUUAAAUCCCGCCCACGAAGAUGACGCCAUCUCCCAAUAACACACGAGAAACUGUCAAACCCACCGAUCGUUAAGCCCAAACCAAUAUUUCACCUCCCGCCCCCUUUUUUUAAUUUGUUGCUGGUGCCUCGAGCCAAACUCCACCUUACACUGAGGAGCGGCUCCUGUCAUUGAUUUACUUACAUUCAGCUUCACAAUGAUGGAGAAGAGGCGGGACAGGUUCAGGUGGGUCACACGGUCACAUCCGCCUCGUGAUCCGGUUUUCACCCUCGAGACACGUCCUGCCCUCUGACACCAGAACCUCCGGCCACACCCAGACGGGAUGCGACGUGAACAUCCUGUAACAACCAGAGGAGGAUUCACAGCCGACCUGUCGAUGUGUCUCCUCUCCGCUGGGAUGGGACUUCGUGGAUACAGGUCAGACUCUUUGAACCCUGCUCGUGUUUGGUGCUUUGCUGGGUCUUGAAACCUCGGAUCAGAGGAAUCUGAGCGAACACGGUCUGGAAUCGCUUCUUCUUUUCUGAAGGAGGAAUCCGGCGAUCUCACGGUGCACCGGAGGCCGACGGGUGGAAUAAGUCAGGCACAAACUGCUGCACGGGGAAUACACUGAACGGAUCACCGUGGAGACUCUUCCUGGGUUUUCUCGGUUGUGGUUUGUGGAUGGUUGGUGGCACCGCUCUUCUCUUUCCUACAUCAUACAGUCAUAUGCCAAAGGAUUACUGCAGUAUUAUGACAGCAUUAUUGCAAUAUCGGGAGAAUACACAGACUUUCAAAAGCACUAUUAUCUCUGCACAGUGAAAAUACAUGUUGGGCCUUGGAUUGAAGAUACAAGCACACUGUCAACGUCUUGUCUCAAAGCAUCAACAACAACAAACUGUCGUGAACUAAACGUGAACUUCUCUGGCACUUUAAUCGUGUGUUUUCAUUUCAUCUCUCUUCCCCUCCUCCCCACUUUCUCUCUCUUUCUCUCAUUUUCAUGAACAACUGAAUUGUAUACUCUCCACUAUUACCAGUCUAACUCUUAUGGCUGUGGAUGACCUAGAUAAUGUUGAAAUAAUCAGUGUGUUUGCGUUCAUGGUGGAAUGGUUCUCUCUAUGUCGGAGUGUUAAAAAAACGUUGCUGUCCCAAGAACGGAGCCUUGAGGAACACCGGCGAGGAUUAAAUCAAAGCCAAACUUAAAGCACACACGUCCGACUCUGCGUUUGGUGAAAAUGGUGAAUUCUGAUGUUCUGACACCGGGAAAGCGACUGUACGUGUACGAAACACUGGUGAACUCGACCGUAAGUGUUCCUACUACUAAACGCUGGCACUCGAAAUUGUUAAAUGUAUUAAGCGGUUGUAAAAGAUGGCCAGCAGAACUUGCGCUGUCCCAUCCCCUUGCUCCCCUCCGCUCCCCCUUUGCCGUUUGACAGUGUCUGUGUUUGUAUGUGACAUACACCUUACAGUCUUCGAUGGUUUGAUACCCAUGAUUUACUUUGAAUAUAACGAAACAAAUGACCAGAACAAGGAGAAAACACAACACGUGAA